CAAAGACCUUACAGUUUUCCCAAACACAAUUCAUUCAUGCCCGACGAUGAAAGGAUUUUGAAGUCUCUCCAACAGGAGUUUAAGCCCAUGGAUAGAAAAUAUGCUCAAGGAGAGCUAAGAGUCUUUGGGCGAAACUCAACUCAGAUUUUGAACGAACUCGACAAGAUUAGGAGAAAGCAAAUCAAUCUAGCAACGGAACACAUAUCUUUGGAUGGAGUGGUUGACAAUUCACAUCAAGAUGUUGCCGACGAUCAAGAUCAUGAAGUAGGCUACCAAAAGAAUGUGGAUAACUUUCAAAAACGAGAGGCCAAUCUUAUCAACUUGAUGGAUAAGCUUGAUGACCUGGGACAAAUGAUGUAAACCCCGUAGAUUUAACAUAUUUUUUAUAUGGUUGAUAUGUACAUAGUAUCUAAUAUUCACUAUUUGUAGGAAACAAUUUCAUUCCCUGUCUAAUUCAGUAAUUGCCCAAGGAGAUGUACUGACUGAUUUUUCUGCAAACGAGUCCACAUCGACAGAAAAAGGUGUAGAAAAUCUGCAAGGCUCACUUCCUGCUGAAGAUGGAAUAAAUCAAAGAUACAACAGUAUGGACACAGUGGUUGGUCCAAGCAUGCAAAAUCUCUUCAACAACUCU